UCUACUGAACACGCCUUUCUCGUGCCAGGCAAUAACUGGCGUUGCCCACCUUGCUCUCUCUCUCACUUGAUCGGCUCGAUCGAGGCUACCUUCCCUUCUCUUUGAGUUGGACUCUGCUUCAGGCAGGAGACUAGCCCAGCUGACCCCAGAGACCCAAUCUAGCUCUUCCUUUGGAGGAGCCCAGCAGAACCCAGAUCCUGUCACUUUCUGAGUGACAGUCUGAGCUCUGAAUCCUAGCAGAGACUGCAGAGCAUUAGCAGAUGUAAAAAAGAAGCCACUGCUGCUUGGCAGAGCUCUCUGGGAGUGAUGGGAUUUGGGGCACUGACCCCAGUUCUGCCACUGUAACAACAGUCAUCGUCUUGUUUGCCCCAGAACCAUUUGCCGUAUUGUUCUGACCCGUGAAUACACGACCACAAUAUGAUGCCUUUCAAAAAAAAUCUCAAAGGACGUUCUCAAUCCGGAGACGAUGAUAGAAAAAAUGUCAUCAAACAAAUUAAAGUCCGAAACCUCAUCAAAGGUGACAAGAGCUGGAUUCACAAACCAGAUGAUACAGAAGGCCAAACCAUAGAGUUACCUCCCACCCAGGAGCAGUCUGCACCUGAACCUCCACCUGUAACAACUCAGAAGGAGAGGACUCCACCUCCCAAGGCUUCACCAGGCUACAUUAUCAGGGGCGUGUUCACCAAGCCUGUCGAUAGCACAUCUCUGCCACAGACUCAAUUCCCACCUGCGGAAACUUCCAAAAGUUCUAUAAUUCCAGGGAAAUCUGCCAGUAGCAAACUGCCCCGACACAUGGUCUCUGGUUAUAAAGUCAUUCCUGAUGAAUACAACAAGAAGAUAGCUGAAGCUGCCUCCGGCCAGCUUCCACGAGCUGCCACCUGGGGGCGCUCCUAUGUGCUGUCUGCUGCCAAGAAGAACUCAGAGAGUUCUGCUCAGGACUCAGCACCUGCUUACAUGGCUAAGAGGGUUGAAAUCACAGAGGAUGAAGUCCCUUCUGAGAAGAGUCAGACGCUGCCAUCUUUGGCAAGACAAUUUUUCAACUUCGCCAGUUCUGAUUCAAGCAGAGAGAGACCAAGCUCCUCAUCUUGGUCUGGAAACGUGUCCAGGAAUCUCUUUUCAACUCCCAAAGUUCAAGAGUACAGUGCGAAGAAAGAAGAAACUCACACUCUGCUACCCCAGGAGCCCAAAAUGGAAUCCAGUCUUCUUGACCUUUCCUCAGAGACCAGUCAGAAGAGAACUUCUUUGGAACAUAAGGAAAGAAACAUUUCCAGCACUAAAGAGGAUAUUCCCACAGAGGAAGAGGACAAAGACACCUAUCCUGAUGAGGCUGACAGGGCAAGUACCUGGUCAACUGACAGUAACCAUGGCUCUACUGGUUCACAAAAUGAUCUGGAUGAAGUAGACCUUCCCUCUAAGAAAGGACCUAUCCUCAGCUAUGGUGAUCACUUCCUCAGUGGCAUUCAUGGAGAAGACUAUGAGGGCCCUGGUAAACAGCAACCUGUGGAAGUCAACAAACCAAGCCGACCUGAUCCACAUCCUCAAGAAGGCGGUAUUCGAGAGAUACCUUUGGCUCCACCUGUGCCCAGAGACUACAGACCCUCCUUUUGGAAUCCAACAAGGCAUGGCUCAGAAGAACAUGCUAUAUUUUCUCCAGAAGACCAGUUUGAUCGUUCCAUGAACCUGCAAUACUGCAUGCCUGGAGAGAACACUACCAAGUAUUCCUCUGCCUCUACUGUUACCACCACUGAAAAGAGAUAUGGAAGUUCAGUCAGCUCAGAUGAUCUCUUGCCACCUGAAACCCGGAGAUUUGCAUCAUCCACUAUCGGCUCCACUGACCAAAGAUUUGGAACCCUGCCCAGCGUGGAUGAAAUGUUGACAUCUGACCACAGGAGCUCUCUUUCUGGUUAUGAGGAGAGAAGUGUUACUACCAUAGUCAGGGAGGCCAGAUGGGACAAAACUGCACAUGCUGGAGCCAAGGGAGACACCCGCCCGGAUCCAAAUAUUCACUACAGUAGCUAUCGAGUCAUCACUCCAGAUUCUGCUCACCAGCUGCCCCUGAAGGGCAGUGACCAAGAGUACAGCUCCAGAAGAUAUGCCUCUGCUACGGGGGACAGACCAUCCAUGGGCGGUAUGCCUGCCAGCUCUCGAGACAGUGCUUCAGCCUCAGACAGUGAACCACCUGCUAGCUCUGCCAAGAUAAGUGGUGCUACCUGCACUUACUGUUGCAAAGAGAUCAGAUCUGGGCCCAAAAUUACUCUGGAGCAUUUGGGUAUCUGCUGCCAUGAGUGGUGCUUCAAGUGUGGAAUUUGCAAGAAGAAAAUGGGCAAUAUGCUGGAUCAUGUGUACAUCCAUAAGGGAAUCAUACACUGUGACCAGUGUUAUGCAAGACUCUUCUAGUUUCGAUCAGCCUGCUAAGAGUCAUCAUGAAGAUGGGGACCCAUCUUCCUAAAUCUCCAAUUUUACUGUUUCCCCUUAUUACUAAUUCCCAGUUGUUUCCUUUAUCUCUUCCCAUCUAACCCAGUUGAAAAUGUGCCCCACAAAGAUAAUUAGUUUUACCA